UGUAGCAUUCAUAAGUCAACAUUGCUCUUCAUAUAUCUUACACUCUAAGAACAUCUCUAACGCAUCUAUUAAAAUGUGGUUGCCGUUAUAUUUGACAAAUACUCUUGUUCCGAUCAAUAUGUUAAAAUCCUUCGUGUGAAGAAAUCUUUCUAAAAAACCUCCUCCUAUUUUCUAUACUUAUCUUCAUCUCCCAUUCUUUGAUCCUUUCUCUCCCCUAAUCCGAGUUAGUUCAUCUCCCCUUCUGUCCUUUGUAGCCCUCCUUUUUGCAUAUCACUUUCAAGUUUUUUCUCCAUGCCAUGCACUCCCAAACUUUCAAGUCUUUCUCUAUGCAUGAUGUAACCUAGCUCAACAUGAGCCUUUUCUUUUUCAAUGCCCAUUAAUUUCUCUUUCCCGUUUUGUUUCGACAGAUUGAUCCCGGGGUCACACCCCCAUCAACUCAUUGUGCACAGAAUGACAGAAACAACUAAACUGAUAUGCAAGCCCAUACAGGCAUGGGCAAUAAGAAGUCGAUAAAGUUGUACUCCCCAGUCAGCCCCAGGACAAAACCACUAAUCUGCCGUUUUAUUCACUCACCCAUGUAGUAUUGGCUUACGUCUCCCCAAACGGCCAAACCUUUCGUUUUAUUCGCACUCAUAAUAGGGUACGAAACUGAACCAGAGACUCAGGAGGUCGAUCAAUUUAGCCACACACCCACCAGCACAGCUAGCUAGCACUGAUAUCACCACCACCACUCCCACUCUCUCCAUUUCCGUACUCCCCGCGCGUGUACGUCACUUCAGCUACAGCUAAUUCCCAGCUCUCAGCCCCCUCUCCCACAUAAAGCAAACACUGUUCCUCUCCUCGCCGGUGCUCAAACCCAAAAUGGACUUCUCCGGCCCAAAACCAAACGGCCCACAGCGUAAAGACAAGCUCCUCGUCAUCAUGGGCGCCACCGGCGCCGGCAAGUCGCGGCUCUCCCUCGACCUCGCCGCCCGCUUCCCUCCGGCCACCUUCGAAGUCAUCAACGCCGACAAAAUGCAGGUCUACAAGGGACUCGACGUCACCACCAACAAGCUCUCCGCUCCCGAACUGCGCGUCGUUCCGCACCAUCUUCUCGGUGAGUUCGACUCCCGCGACGGCGACGUCACCCCCGCCGAGUUUCGCCGACUCGCGGCUCAGGCGGUGUCUAGCGUCGUCUCCCGGAGGAAAGUACCGGUGCUCGUCGGCGGGUCCAACUCGUUCAUCCACGCGCUCGUAGUCGACCGGUUCGAACCGGACUGUGAUGUAUUUAACGGCGAGUCUGUAACGGUAGCGGUCUCGUCGGAGCUCAGGUACGACUGCUGCUUUCUCUGGGUCGACGUAUCGCUGCCGGUGUUGACGGCGUACUUGCCGCAGCGAGUGGAGGAAAUGCUCGACUCGGGGAUGUUCCACGAGCUGGCCGAGUUCUACGGGGAAAACUCGGCGGGUCGAACCGGUCUGAGGAAGGCGAUCGGAGUGGCGGAGUUCAGCCGGUACUUUAAGGAGUACCCGCCGCCACCAGCGGCGGAGGAUGAAGAUCCGGUGCGGCGGGGAGCAUAUGAUGAGGCGGUGGGGGAGAUUAAAAAGAACACGUGUCGGCUGGCGAAGAGGCAGAUCGGAAAGAUUGCGAGGCUGAGGAAGGCGGGGUGGGACCUACGGAGGCUGGACGCGACGGAGGCGUUUAGGGCGGCGGUGACGUCAGAUGACGAGGAAGAGGGGAAGAGGUGGUCGGAGAUUUGGGAGCGAGAGGUGGUUGAGCCAAGCGUGAAGAUUGUGAGGCAUUUCUUGGUGGAGGAGGAGUAGGUCUUCCAGCGUUUUCCAGACUCUUCUUUUUUUCCCUUUUUUUUUUUUUUGUAAUUUUGAAUUUUUGUGUUUUUUUUUUUUUUUUUUUAGGACUAAUUUUUGUUACUUUUUAAUUUUUGGUGGAGGAGGACUAAUUAUUUUUUCUUUUUAAUUUUGAAUUUUGAAUUUUUUCUUACUUUUCUAAUGGGGGUUGGAAAAUUUUGGGAGAAGGGGCCGAGGUUUGUCAACGAAGGAAGACCAAGGAGAGGUCAAGAUGAAAU